CAGCAGCCAGAGAUUCUCCUCAGAUCCACCACCGGAGCACAGAUUCCGCCAUGGAAGAAGAAUCUUCCAUCCACGAGAUCCGAGCCCCUCUCCGUACGAACCAUCUCCCCCUUCCGAUCUUCAUGUUUUUCAUUCUCGUUCUAUUUACCAAUCCUUUUUGCUGUUCCAUCUCCCGCAGUAACCAAGUCAACGGAGAGAGAUGAAGACCUUCCUUCCUCGUCAUCAUCUGCCUCGUCGUCAUCGCCUCACAAGGUCCAAGAAGUUGAAGAGGAGAACUCGCCGGUGAAACAGGUGGCGAUGACGGUCCCGACAACAGACGACCCGACCCUACCGGUGCUAACUUUCCGGAUGUGGGUCCUGGGCACGCUGUCGUGCGUCUUGCUGUCGUUUCUGAACCAGUUUUUUUGGUACCGGACCGAGCCGCUGACAAUCACGGCCAUCUCGGCCCAGAUCGCGGUGGUGCCGCUGGGCCAGCUCAUGGCGGCCCGAAUCACGGACCGGGUCUUCUUCCGUGGGUCGAGGUGGGAGUUCACGCUCAACCCGGGCCCAUUCAACGUGAAGGAGCACGUGCUCAUCACCAUCUUCGCCAACUCGGGGGCCGGUAGCGUGUACGCCAUACACAUCGUUACCGUGGUGAAGGCUUUUUACAAGAAGAACCUCACUUUUUUUGUGUCCCUCAUUGUCGUCAUCACCACGCAGGUGCUGGGGUUUGGUUGGGCGGGGAUAUUCCGGCGGUAUCUCGUGGAGCCGGCGGCGAUGUGGUGGCCGGCCAAUCUCGUCCAGGUCUCCUUGUUCAGGGCCUUACACGAGAAGGAAGAACGGUCCAGAGGCGGCCUGACACGAAACCAAUUCUUCCUCAUCGCACUCACCUGCAGCUUCGCCUACUACGUCUUCCCGGGAUACAUCUUCCAGAUGCUCACUUCCAUGUCCUGGGUCUGCUGGAUCUUCCCGCAAUCCGUCCUGGCCCAACAGCUCGGAUCGGGCCUCAACGGGCUCGGGCUCGGAGCCGUGGGAUUCGACUGGUCCGCCAUCUCAUCCUACCUCGGCAGCCCACUGGCCAGCCCAUGGUUCGCCACCGCCAACGUCGCCGCCGGGUUCGUGUUCAUCAUGUACGUCGUCACCCCGAUCGCCUACUGGUUCAACUUCUACCGAGCCAAGACUUUCCCCAUCUUCUCCGACAGCCUCUUCACCGCCACCGGGCAGGAGUACAACAUCUCCUCCAUCAUCGACUCCUCCUUCCACCUCGACCUCGCCGCCUACGAGAGCCAAGGCAACCUUUAUCUCAGCACGUUUUUCGCCAUGACUUAUGGAGUUGGGUUCGCCGCCCUCACCGCCACAAUUGUCCACGUUGCCAUGUUCCAUGGAAGGGAGAUAUGGGAGCAGAGUAGGGCGAGUUUUGGGGAGAAGUCGAUGGAUAUACACACCAAGUUGAUGAGCAAAUACAAGCAAGUGCCAGAGUGGUGGUUUUGGUGCAUACUGUUUGCGAAUGUCGGGGCUACCGUUUUUGCCUGCGAGUAUUACAACGAGCAGCUUCAGUUGCCAUGGUGGGGUGUGCUGCUGGCUUGUACCAUUGCCAUUGUUUUCACUCUGCCCAUUGGGAUCAUUACCGCCAUUACAAACCAGACUCCUGGACUGAACAUAAUCACUGAGUACAUAAUCGGGUAUGUGUACCCAGGGUACCCUGUAGCCAACAUGUGCUUCAAAGUCUAUGGCUACAUAAGCAUGACGCAGGCCAUCACUUUCCUCCAAGAUUUCAAGCUCGGCCACUACAUGAAGAUCCCGCCUAGAACCAUGUUCAUGGCACAGGUCGUCGGGACCCUGAUUGCCUGCUUCACCUACCUGUCCACGGCGUGGUGGCUGAUGGAAUCCAUCCCCGACAUUUGCGAGCGUACUGCCUCCAACACGGUAUGGACGUGUCCGGGAGACACUGUCUUCUACGACGCAUCCGUCAUCUGGGGUUUGAUCGGUCCGCGCAGAAUCUUCGGCGACCUCGGAUUCUACGCCUCCGUGAACUGGUUCUUCCUAGGAGGAGCGGUUGCCCCAAUUCUGGUCUGGCUGGCCACCAGGGCGUUCCCCCGACAGGAGUGGAUAAGGCUGAUUAACAUGCCGGUUUUGAUUGGUGCGACGGGCUCGAUGCCGCCGGCCACAGCGGUGAACUACACGAGCUGGAUUCUGGCGGGGUUCUUGUCCGGGUUCGUGGUGUUCAGGUACCGGCCGGAGAUGUGGCAGAGGUACAACUACGUGCUGUCGGGUUCGCUGGACGCGGGGCUGGCGUUUAUGGGAGUGUUGCUGUACCUGUGUUUGGGUUUGGAGAAUGUGAGCUUGGAUUGGUGGGGGAAUGACCUUGAUGGCUGUCCCUUGGCUUCUUGUCCUACAGCUCAAGUAACCAAGUCAACGGAGAGAGAUGAAGACCUUCCUUCAAAAUCAUCAUCUGCAUCCUCCUCGUCGCCUCAUAACAGAAGAAGAGUUUUCUUCUUCGUCAAAAUGAUGGAAACGACACCGUUGAAGAGAAUGGAGCGCAGUGGAACACCUGCAUAUGAUUCUUUUGACACUGAUUACACACCACCAACAUCCCUAACACCUCCUUCUCCACCUGAACCACCAUCUCCCCAACCAGCCCAAGAAGAGGAAGAGGAAGAGGAAGUGGAGAACUCGCCGGUGAAACAGGUGGCGAUGACGGUGCCCACAACAGACGACCCGACCCUACCGGUGCUAACUUUCCGGAUGUGGGUCCUGGGGACGCUGUCGUGCGUGGUGCUGUCGUUUCUCAACCAGUUUUUUUGGUACCGGACCGAGCCGCUGACCGUCACGGCAAUCUCGGCCCAGAUCGCGGUGGUGCCGCUGGGCCAGCUCAUGGCGGCCCGAAUCACGGACCGGGUCUUCUUCCGCGGGUCGAGGUGGGAGUUCACGCUCAACCCGGGCCCGUUCAACGUGAAGGAGCACGUGCUCAUCACCAUCUUCGCCAACUCGGGCGCAGGAAGCGUGUACGCCAUACACGUCGUUACGGUUGUGAAGGUGUUUUACAAGAAGAACCUCACCUUCUUCGUCUCCCUCAUUGUUGUCGUCACCACGCAGGUGCUAGGGUUUGGGUGGGCGGGGAUAUUCAGGCGGUAUCUGGUUGAACCGGCGGCGAUGUGGUGGCCGGCCAAUCUCGUCCAGGUCUCCUUGUUCAGGGCUCUACACGAGAAGGAAGAGCGGUCCAGAGGCAGGCUAACACGAAAUCAAUUCUUCCUCAUCGCUCUCACCUGCAGCUUUGCCUACUACGUCUUCCCUGGCUACAUCUUCCAAAUGCUCACUUCCACGUCCUGGGUCUGCUGGAUCUUCCCUCAAUCCGUCCUGGCCCAGCAGCUCGGAUCGGGCCUCAACGGGCUCGGACUGGGAGCCGUCGCAUUGGACUGGUCCGCCAUCUCAUCCUACCUUGGCAGCCCACUCGCCAGCCCAUGGUUCGCCACCGCCAACGUUGCAGCCGGAUUCGUGUUUAUCAUGUACGUCCUCACUCCGAUCACCUACUGGUUCAACUUCUACCGAGCCAAGACUUUCCCCAUUUUCUCCGACAGCCUCUUCACCGCCACCGGUCAGGAAUACAACAUCUCUUCCAUCAUCGGCUCCUCCUUCCACCUCGACCUUGCCGCCUACGAUCGCCAAGGCAACCUCUACAUCAGCUCGGUUUUCACCAUGACAUAUGGAGUUGGGUUUGCCGCCCUCACAGCCACAAUUGUACAUGUUGCCAUGUUCCAUGGGAGGGAGAUAUUGGAGCAGAGUAGGGCGAGUUUUGGGGAGAAGUCGAUGGACAUACACACCAAGUUGAUGAGGAGAUACAAACAAGUUCCCGAGUGGUGGUUUUGGUGCAUACUGUUGGCGAAUGUCGGGGCUACCGUUUUUGCCUGCGAGUAUUACAACGAGCAGCUUCAACUGCCAUGGUGGGGUGUGCUGCUGGCCUGUACCAUUGCCAUUGUUUUCACUCUGCCCAUUGGGAUCAUUACCGCCAUUACAAACCAGCUCAUUCUGUUUGUCUUUUGUUGGGUAAUGAAUUUGACAGACUCCAACACUGGCCAUAAUCACGGAGUACAUAAUCGGGUAUGUGUACCCAGGGUACCCUGUAGCCAAUAUUUGCUUCAAAGUGUAUGGCUACAUAAGUACGAAACAGGCCAUCACUUUCCUCCAAGAUUUCAAGCUCGGCCACUACAUGAAGAUCCCGCCUAG